AGCAGCCCAAGGAGGAGAGCUGUCCUCUUGGGCGUGGGCGCCACGACGGGAGUCUCCAAUCACUAGCCUGCCUAGUGUGGUCCCAAUCGACAAGCAUGCACACCGUUGUAUCGGCAAAUGCCGUCGUGGUAGGCCACAAAGAUCACGUCGAUGCCAUUCUCGUUCAUGCCGGCAACGUGAUCCUUGGAGGCAGUCAUGGAUCCAUCUCCGCGUACAGACUCCCCGAGGGCGGCAGCAGCGACGAUCAGGAAAGUAUAGCAACGGACAAGGCCACAGCUGAGCUAGCGUGGGCGGUGCGGCUAUCAAAGAGUUCGAGGGUGGUCGAGAAGCUCCAGGUGAUACGCGAGGCCAACCUUCUUGUAUCCCUGUGCGACAAUACCGUCGCACUUCACGAACUCUCUUCUUUGCCAAAGCUCAAUGCCGGUGCGAACUCCCAGACAAAGGGCGCUGUGGCCUUUCUCAUCGACACGUCCGUGCAGAAGGGUCCUUCCAAGAACGGGUCUGGCGAUGCCUUCGGCUCUCAGAACAGACGAUUUUUGGGAUCCAGUGCAUUCGGACAGGCUUAUAGACCCUCAGACGCCACUCUUGGAAGGAAGUUCGGCGCACUGGCUUCCAGUAACAAAACGCUGCCGGUUGGCCUACGAGGCAUGGAAGAACUUCAGAGGGAUAAGGAAGAGAGACAAAAGUGGUCGACGAUCAAUGCUAGGCUCGCACUUGCCACUCAGGGCAAUGCCGAAGGCGCCACUGUCAUGACGCUUGUCACAACACUCGUAGUCGCUUGCCGACGGAAGCUGGUCAUCCUUCGAUGGGUGGAUGGGUCGUUCUGGGACACAAAGGAAUUGGCGCUGCCUCACACACCUCGCUCACUCGCCUUCCCAAGUCCGACGACGUUGUUCAUGGGUUAUAGCUCGGCUGAGUACGCGAUCCUCACCGUUCCUCUUGCCUCGUCCUCAUCGGUGGCCGAUCUGAUCGACUCCAAGCCAUUGACGGCAAUCCUCGACGUGCCAACUUCGAGCACGUCUGGGCCUCGUGUAGACCUCUUCGAAUGGCGUUGUCAAUCCCUUACCAUCCCGCUGCUUCCCGGCGGUGCAGAGCUAGGCCCCGGUGGAGUGCGGGGCAACUCUGCGACGCAACCUGCAGCGCCCACAUCUGCGGGCGGAGGGAUGGCCGCCAUGGCUGGCGCUGCUUUCGGUGGUCUGGGCGGAUACAUUGGCAUGGGCAGCAAAGCGAAGCCACUCGUUGUCCAAGUCGAGCAAGGAGAAGUCCUGGUGUGUCGAGACGGUAUGGGUGCCUUCCUGAACGAAGAGGGUAAACCGACUAGGCGAGACGGUCUGGACUGGCGGGCUACGCCCGAGGAAGUCGUUUAUCUCAAACCCUACGUCUUCUCCCUCUUUCCAACGGGAGCCAUGGAUGGCGGGUCGCCCUCCAAUCUGCCGCACAUUCAGAUCCGAUCGGCUAAGACCUUGGCAGCAGUUCAGACGAUGACCUUUCCCCCGACAUGGCCUGAUGGCAGCCCCGUCCAGGCUGGUUCACCACCCUCAGUCCGGCUGCUGACGCCUUCGAGAAGCGGAGGAAAGAGCCCCAUUUACGUAGCCGUCGAACCAACGGAUAAAGGUGCGCUGGAGAGAGUCGGUUCAUCGAUCUGGCGCUUGGAAAUGAAAAGCUGGAGCAAGCAAAUCGACGAGCUUGUCGAUACUGGUGAAUAUCAAGAGGCGCUGGCGCUUCUGGAUUCCAUCGACGAAGUCCUCAUGGAAGAUAAGGCAGAGAGAAGGGCGCUCAUAGUGGGUCUCUACGCUGUUUCUCUGUUUGUCGCUGGCAAAUUCGACGAGGCGAUCGAAGUCUUCAUCGAGCUUGAAGCCAACCCAGCAAAGGUUGUUGCCCUCUAUCCCUCGGAGAUUUCAGGAUCCCUGGCAAGAGAACAAGACCAGUGGUUCGAGCUUUUCGGAGGUCGACAGAGGGUCAACGCGCAACGCGAUGGCGCUUCCGAGAUGAAUGUCACGGCCUCUACUUCCGUGCCAAUUACCAAGGACCGCUCGAGAUUGACAGGUCUUUUCGGGCGGCGACCUCAGAGCCUCGUUGCAGCAGACUCGCUACCCAGCUCCAACUCCAGCCCCGCUAAAGGCCCUGCUGGGCAUCUCAAAGCGGCCGGCACAUACGAAGAUGACGCCUGUUCGAUACAAUCAAGUAAGUCUCGUAAGAAUGUAAUCGAGCAGCCCGAGGCUACCGUCAGCAAGGAGGAACAAGACAGGUAUCGAAGAUCGACUGACGCGCUCAGCCGCUUCUUGGCCGACCGUCGAAGAGUCUUCAAGUCACUGCUUGAGACAAAACCAGAUCACUCUCAUCACCAGAUGCCACGCAACGACGAAUGGCUUCUUCAAAUCCCUUCGAAACCGCUCGAGGUCCUCGAUCUUGAUCAGCUGGUCGCUGUAGCGCAGACUGUGGAUACUGCCCUUUUCAAGACCUUCCUGUUCACAAAGCCAGCUCUUCUCGGUCCCCUCUGCCGUUUGGAGAAUUAUUGUGAGGUGGAGCAGGUUGAGGGUCUUCUUAUGGAGCGCAAGAGAUUCUCGGAGCUCAUCGCCCUAUAUGGAACCAAGGAGCUCCACGAAAAAGCACUAGAUCUUCUUCGCGAAUUUAGCAAUGAAGAGGACGAUGUGGAAGAGAAGCUUGGUCCGACCAUCAGAUAUUUACAGAACCUGGGACCAGAGCACAUCGAUAUUAUUCUCAAAACCUCGCAUUGGGUACUAGACGUCAACAGUCAGCUUGGCAUGGAAAUCUUCAUGGCCGACGCGGGCAAGGUAUCGCUCCUCCCACGAUUUUCCAUCGUUGCCGACUUAGAAGAAUUCAACGAGGAUCUUUGCCUGCAGUACCUGCGCCACCUGAUUUACGUCGCGGGGGAAGGCGAUCCUCAUCUUCAUGAGAAGCUCGCCUUGAUGCUUCUUCGUAGGGCCCUCGAGCAGCAAGAAGCCGACCAACGCAAAUUGAAGGUAGACCAGCUUCUAGCUUUUCUCCACUCUUCCCAACAAUACCGUACCGAACGCAUACUCAGUCGGUUGCCGGCCGACAAUGGAGAUCUUUUCGAAGUUCGAGCUUUGCUCUUAGGAAGGCUAGGCCAACAUGAGGGCGCCCUCGGCAUAUAUGUGCAUAAAUUGGGAGAUCACGAAAAGGCCGAAGCUUACUGCGUUCGGACUUACGAAAUGGGUCAGGCCGAAGACGUCUUUCUCACGUUGCUUCGCAUCUAUCUCCGCCCAAGAACCGAGGACGAGGCAAAUCCCGGCGAUUCUCUCAUGCUUGCGCUUGCCCUCUCUCUGAUUGCUCGACAUGGCGCUCGCAUCGACUCGGUAGCCGCCCUCGACCUUUUGCCUCCCUACGUCAGCUUAUCCCAGGUUACACGUUUCUCAAGCAAGGCCUUGCAUCAACUUGAAUCCAAGCGCAACCAUAGUGCCAUUACCCGACACGUCCUCGAAGAGAGAGCUUUGCAGACCAGCGAAAUUUCGGCCGUGCUUCAUAGCAGGCGUGUGAAAGUCACAGAAGCCAGAUUAUGCUCUCGCUGCCUGAAGCGUCUCGGGAACAGUGUCAUCGCCGUUGGUACAAGUGGGGAUGUGUAUCAUUACUCUUGCCGUUAA